AUGCUUGUGGAAGUUUCGAUUGCAGUUAAUUAUAUUUUAUCCCAUUUGUACACCAAACUUCCCCGACGUCGGGUGGACAGUUUCGGUGAAGAAUUGGAGCGAUAUUUGCAUGCAAAAUAUCAACAACACUGGUUUCCCACAGACCCCAUGCGAGAUUCAGCCUAUCGAUGUCUAAAUGUGGGCGGGCCCCAAGUUGAUCUACUUCUACCCGAAGCGGCAGCUGUGAGUGGUUUAGACUGGAGUGAGAUUCAAGCUUGUCUACCAGAAAGUCUUGUGCUAAGCAUUGAUCCGGGACACGUGGCCUGUCAGUAUCAUCAGCCUCAGUUCACUACACAAGAAUUUAAUCGAUACCCGGGUGUAUCAAUGUGGCCUUCGGCUUCCGUAUCACUGUCCUCUUCCGGUUGUUCGUCGGCCUCUUCUUCAAUCUCCUCAACAAAUUUAACACCUACUUCCAGUCAAAUUACUCAUCAGGUUUUGUAUUGCUUUCAAGACAGUUGGUUUGGUAACAGUAACAACAGUGGAAGUCAGUGGACCGAGACAAUGAACGGACAGAAUAAACCCCUGAGACCGGAUACUGAGCACGGGGAUAAUUUAGCCACAGCAGCUGCUUUGAGUGUUCUAGUUGACACGGAGGAUAAUCUUGUAUCGAAUUUGCCGUCAGAUUUGAUUCAAAAACCAUCGACGGAUCUACCCUUUAAUGGUUUGAUCAUGAACGCAUCGAAUGCUGACAACACGGAUUUGACGCAUCUGUUGUUUCGUGAUGCUGAGUUGAAAGCAGUGUCAAACAAUGGAUUAGAGGUUUUACACGGAUCAGACAAUCGUUUAGCCGCAGGAACUAUGCUAUGGCCCGGUUCGACAGAUAAUACCGAUGCGGAGAACAGCUUACUCACUCUUAUGAACGGAGAUUUAUCUAACAACUUGACAACCACAUCUCAAGUGAAUUCAUUUGGUGAGAAAACACGAACUCCUCUUCCAUUAUUGAAUCGAUCUUCCUCCAAUCCACCUCAAACAGAUCCAUCCAAUCUAUCCAUGUAUCAUGAUUACCCGGCACUUUCAGUUGGUAAUCUGCAUAGUAACGGGAACGCGAUGGGAUCGGCUUUGAACAAAUUCGAUCUGAGUGGCAAUCCAACAUUGAACGGACCAGUUCAGUCCCGACUGAACACGGUCUAUGCCCAACCGACAUUAUCACAGCUGACUAAUACCACAGGAAACAAUCAUUUUGUGCAAAAAUCCGUAUCUACACCCAGUUUCACCGCGGCCACAUUUGCUCAGACCAAAUUUGGAUCGACAAAAUUAAAAACCCACUCAAAACGUACUCCGAAUCGGAUUCUAUCGCCCACCACCGUGCCACAAACGUUUGCUGCAUAUACAGGGUCAAAUAUGAUUGGCCGGGAUUCGGUCAAUGUGGCCGCCAUGGGGCCAGCACAGGUGAGUCUGGGGGAUCAGACUAUAAUUGUAUUCUCGUAUGAAACCAAUAUCCCCGCAAUAUUUGAUUUGAAAAAAUUUUAG